AUGGCCAAGCUUGUCACCUACGCGGAGCUCAAGGAGCACAGCAACAAGACCAGCCUGUACAUUCUUCUGCACGAGAAGGUGUACGAUGUCACAAAAUUCAUUGACGAGCACCCUGGAGGCGACGAGGUGAUCCUUGCGGAGGCUGCGCGGGAUGCCACGGAGGCCUUUGAGGAUGUCGGGCACUCGGAUGAGGCUCGUGCGCUCCUCAAGGACUUGCUGGUUGGUGACUUCGAGAAGACUGACGAACUCAAGACGAAGGGUCCGUACUCUUCCUCGAGUUCCAACAGCAAUGCCGUCAACGCGGCGGUGGAGCAGGGUUCCAACUUGAUGUAUUUCGUCCCCCUGGCGGUGUUGGGUGCCUACUUCGCGUGGCGCUACUACUCGAGCGGCUCGAUAUAA